AUGGCGUUGGGGUCUUCCAGCGGGGUCAAGAGCUCUUCGUCCUGCACCAAUUGGAGCUUGGAGAUCCUCCGCGCCGUGACGCAAAGCGACAGUAAGCUACCGAGCUUGUUCCCGCGCAAGCACUUCCUGGAUAUCGUGGACGACGACUGGAUCACGGACACAUUGUCGGACGAUGAGAUCGAGGUGCCUCCUGCUCUAGAUGUCGACCCCAAUGGCAGUGAAAGCCCAACUGGAGAGCCUCCGAUGUGGACUGCGGGUGAGAAGGUGGAUCGCUGGAACGACCUUGGACUCGACCAGUGGGCCAAAGACUCUGCGUAAGAUGGAGUAGCUUCACUUAGCUAGCAGAACGAAAAAAAUCAAGUGAUACUGUCUCUGCU